UUCCCUCUCGUUCUAAUGUCUAUUAUCCGCGCGCGCACCACUCUUGUGAAGCGAAUAUUAACAAUACAUUUCAUUUCAGCAGUUACGGUUACAGUUACAGUUACAGGUGAGAAGCGAAACUUAAACCUAACUAUGACUUGGUGCGAAGGUGUUCAUGAAACCCGUGUUCUCGUUGCACCCGAUCCUGGUACAAAUGGAAAUACUCUGGGACGCAUGAUUUUACUCCGUCAUCCCAAAUCUGGAAAUGCAACACAAUAUCUAUUUGUAAAUGGGAUGCUUCAAGAAUUUCAAUGGUUUAAGAACAUGUAUGGAUCUUGGUUUUUAGGAGAUUAUACAAGUGAAGAUGGUCGACUGUAUAUAUCCACACCUGUUGAUCCUGUUUUCAUAAUGUUGCCCAUAUUCCAGGAAGCUAGGAUGAAGAAAGGUGAUGAUCUUGGCAAGUUCAGGCAAUUGGAUGAGAUCUUGUUUAUUGAUGGGUAUCCAGGAUAUCAGCAGUUAAUGUCCCUCGUCGAGAGCUGUAUGCAAGUAGUUUGUGAAGUCAAAGAAGUUGAAUCCUUAAAAUUCUUUAGGCUCGAUGAUGCAAAGGUUCUACAUUGGCUGUGCUAUAAGGUUUGUCAGCUAAAACAGACACUACCCAAGUUGGACAAAAACUAUGCCGUUCAAUCAGAGAAAGACAUGUUGGUCGAUGCAGUUUCUAUAAUAGGAGAAUAUUUAAACGAAGAGCACUGGUUGCAGCUUUUGUGUGACCACCUUAAGUUAAAUAUACUUGAGGUAACAGGAAAAACACAAGCAAAUGCUGAGGAAAGUAACUUAGGUUUGAGUAAUGUAUUAGAGGAACAUAGUGAUGAUAAGAAGGCUACAAUUGUGAAGAAAGGUAGACAAGCAAAGAAGUUAAAACUGGAGACAGAAUCACAUAACAUCAAAGAUAUGUUUUCGAGGGCCACCCGAAGGAAAAACUAAAUCAUACCAUUGAAAUUGGGGAAAAAUUGGAAAUGAGUCACUGUCAUGUUUGUCAUGUUGUAUCAUUUUCUAGGUAUGCGAGUAGAGAUAAGCACUAAGUCAGAUCAUAUUCACAUGGUUUGUACCGUCCAUUUCAUACUAUCUAAUUUAAUUUGAGAUUUUAUCAUCAAGGAGCAUAUACUUUAUCUCUGUACCAUUAUAAAUGAUGCUUUUUUAGGAAAUGAAUAACUGUGUUCAUUUAACGA